GCUCCUUCCUGGGAAGGAGGAAAAAGUUUCCUUGGACCAGAGCGGAGGCCCAGGAAGGUGAGCCAUGUCAAGGUGACUAAGGAGGGGGCUCUCUGCGAGCGGUUGGAGGGCCCCCGAUGGUGUGCCAGCUGUCAGCCCGCUUGACAGUUCCGGGACCGGGCGGGGUGCGCGCCUCUGAUUGGGGGUGUGUGUGCCUGUGACCAAUUACUGGUGCCAAAGCCUAGCGCGGAGUCAGACGGCAAACAACCAUACUUUUCUUCGUAUCCUCACGUGUUUGAGGAGAGAUUGGAGGUGAAGGGGCUGUCACAUGGAGAAAACCAAAAGCCAAGGCACCCCUUCCUCCAGCUGAGACCAAAAACCUUGAUGCCUCUCCAGUUGAUGAUGCUGUAGAAUCCUUUGCUUUCGUCAUGGAACAGAAAGAAAGUAUGAUAGAUAAAGACAUUGAACUCACAGUGGUUCUACCUGGGGACAUUAUCAAAUCUACAACUGUUCAUGGCAGUAAACCUAUGAUGGAUUUGCUGAUAUUCCUCUGUGCCCAGUAUCACUUGAAUCCAUCAAGUUACACAAUCGAUCUGCUGUCAGCUGAAAAGAACCCCAUUAAAUUUAAGCCAAACACACCAAUAGGAAUGUUGGAGGUGGAGAAAGUAAUUUUAAGGCCAAAAGUUUUGGAUAAGAAAAAACCUACACCUAUAAUACCAGAGAAAACUGUGAGAGUAGUGAUCAACUUUAAGAAAACACAGAAGGCAAUAGUGAGAGUUAGCCCACAUGCGUCACUCCAAGAACUAGCACCCAUUAUAUGCAGCAAAUGUGAGUUUGAUCCGUUACAUACGCUGUUGUUGAAGGAUUAUCAGUCUCAGGAGCCACUCGACUUGACAAAAUCUCUUAAUGACCUGGGACUAAGAGAAUUAUAUGCCAUGGAUAUCAGCAGAGCCACUUCUGUUACUGCCUCCAAUAAAUCAUCUUUACAAGAGUCCUGCCAAAUAUCACAAAACUUUGACAUUAUGAAGGAGAAAGAAAAUAAAAAGUUUUUCAGCUUUUUUCAGCGCAGUAAGAAAAAGCGGGAUCAAACUGCAAGUGCCCCAGCGACCCCUCUAGUGAGUAAUAAUCGCCCAACUUUUACAAGGUCCAAUACCAUUUCCAAGACAUACAUUUCGAACACCCUGCCGUCGGACGCUCCCAAGAAGAGGCGGGCUCCGUUGCCUCCGAUGUCAGCCUCUCAGAGCGUCCCCCAGAACCUCGCUCACGUCCAGGAGAGGCCAGCUUAUGGUGUCAUGAAAUCCAUGAGUGUGGAUGAGACAGAUAAGAGUUCCUGUGGAGCAGACAUAGUGAGGACAGGCUCUCUGAAGCUCAGUAGCACAUCCAUUGGGAACUCAUCUUUGAAAAGGACAAAGCGAAAGGCACCUUCCCCACCCUCCCAAAUACCCCUGCAUCAAAGUGAUGAAAGCCACGUGACUGCCCUGCGGUCAGUGCCUGCAGUUCCUACGGACAGUGUUUCAGAAGCAAGCUCUCCUGAGGGGCUGCCCAGCCCAGAAGCCUCACUUGGCCCUGGGCUCCCCAGUCAUGAACAGUGCACUGUGCCCAAAGGGGCAGACGACAUCUCUCUCUUGGAGUGCCCUGAAACGCCCGAGGCAGCCGCAGCAUCGCUGACAUCUGGAGUAAGCUCUGAUUACAGUCUUGAGGAGAUAGAAGAAAAGGAAGAACUGAGUGAAGUGCCUAAAGAUGAGGCUGAAAAUAUUUCUGGGAAGUCACAAGAUAUUCCUUUUGGACCUACUGAUAUAAUAAAUACACUGAAAAGUGAUCCUGACUCAGCCCUUGGCAGUGAUACUGGAGAGUCCUCACAAAACUCCAAAGAAGAAAAACAAGAAACUAGAAACACAGAUGGACAAGAACCACACUUGAUGAUAUAUAAUCCAAGAAAUGAAGAGAGGGUAGUUGACAGUGUAAGAAACUUGAAGUCACUGGGCUCAAGUCAAGGGAAUGUAGAUCAAAAUGAAAUAACUGUCACUUCAAGGAAUACGGAAGAUCAUAUGAAAGACGGAGUGAGGAGAACAGAAAUCAAUGGAGGAGGUGUUGCCAAAAAUAACAAUGUGGACAUGGAAGUUGACAGACUUCAGGCACAUAAAACUGAAACUGCUAGACGUGACAAGGAAAAUCAUCCAGCUGCUUCAUCAGAACCAGGCCCAACACCGAAUCAACCCAGUGCAGAAAAGACAAAAAUGCAAGAUGCAGCAAUUCAGGCAACUCCUUCCUGCAACAGUUUUGAUGGGAAUCACCGACAUCAUCAUUUGUCCGACUUCAAAGUUGAUGAAAGUGUGCAAACUGCAAGUAACAACAAAUCAACUCAACAUUCGUCUUUAAGUCCACAAGGUUCCGUGGAUACCUCAAGAGAAUUCAGGAGACAGGGCCCUCUCACUGUACAUUCAGAAGAUCAGCUCACCAUGAAAGAUCCAAUGUAUGCACAUGGUAAUGAUGCUCCUGUAGAUGAGAUUAAUAAAAACUCAACGGCUUCUUAUAUGAAGAAUUAUCCACUCUACAGACAAGACUACAAUCCCAAGCCAAAACCUUCCAAUGAAAUUACAAGAGAAUAUAUACCCAAAAUUGGGAUGACUACUUAUAAAAUAGUGCCUCCCAAGUCCCUGGAAAUAGUAAAAGAUGCGGAAACAGAAACCUUAGGGUAUGAAGAUGAUCAAGACAGACAUUCUUUAGGGAAAAAGCACAUGCAUGAGAAUGUGAAAGAAACUGCAAUGCAGACAGAAGAUUUUGUUAUUUCUGAAAGUCCAAAGGAGCCACAGCUAGACCUUAAACCCAAGCCUGCCCUGAGAUCAGAGCAUAAAGGGCACAGUGUGGCGGGCGUGCCCCACAGCCCCGCGGCAAAUCCUCUGAAACCCACGCCCAGAAUGACGAGAGACACUGGCACGGCUCCUUUUGCGCCAAACUUGGAAGAUAUAAACAAUAUAUUAGAGUCAAGACUUAAAUCUCGGGUUUCAAAUCCCCAGGCCAAACCAAGUUCCUUUUUUUUGCAAAUGCAAAAAAGAGCUUCGGGUCAGUACGUGACAUCUGCCGCCGCCAAGAGUGUCCACACUGCCCCUACCCCUGCUCCACAGGAGCUCCCGAAGAAGGAGGCCGAAAGGGAUCCGAUGCCUCCUCCAGAGCAAACUCCUUCUCCCUCCAGUAAGACAGCUCGCUCGCCUCCGCAGCCCCACGUUAAAGACGCUGAUGGCCUCAGCAGUCAGAAGCCUCCUGAAACCUCUCCUCCUCCCCCUGUGGCUCCCAAACCUGUUUCUCUUCCCACAAGCCAGUUGGCAGCACUAAACCUGAAGACUCUGACAACGUUCGGUGCCCCGCGACCUUACUCGAGCUCGGCGCCUUCGCCCUUCGCCCUGGCUGUAGUGAAACGGUCUCAGUCUUUCAGCAAAGUGCGCACCGAGUCCUGCAGUGAGGGUGCCUCUGCGCCAGCUCCCAGUGACGCGGAGGAAGGGAAAAGUCCUGCGGUGGAUACACCUGUGGACGUCCCACAACUCGGUGUGAGCAAUAAGGAAAAUAACUCUGCACAUAGUGAGCAGAAUUCCCAAAUACCAUCUCCAACCAACUGCCCACCAUUCACCCUUAAGAGGCAAAGUUCUCUAACAUUCCAAAGCUCUGACCCCGAAGAGUUCCGACAAAGUCUGCUGACUGCAAUCCGUUCUGGAGAGGCUGCUGCCAAAUUGAAAAGGGUUACUGUUCCAUCAAAUACAAUAUCUAUGAAUGGAAAGUCAAGACUCAGUCAUUCCAUGUCCCUUGAUGCCCAGGAUGGCCAUUAAAGGUUGCCCUGACCUACUGCCCUUCACCUCCUCCACGUCACAGAGCAACUUCGAAUGGGGAAUGUUAGCAAAUAUAUAUUCAGAUGUACACUAAUAUAUUAUCUACGAAAGUGUAAGAGUUUAUGCUGUGGCUUUUAAUGCCAAAAGAAGAAUUAUCAGAAUUUAUAAUUUAUAAUAAUAUUUUUUACCUUUUUUGCCUUAAGAGCUGAAUAUGCUACUUUAGAACUUUAAGACGAGGUGUUAAUGACUUUCAUUUUUUUUUCAAAUGAGAAAUAGUCAUGUUGUUGUUGGUUUUUGUUCCACUUACUUGUUGACACAUUAUCUGCAAUGUGACUUAGACAAAAGGAUAAAUUAAGAGUCAUAGACAUAUUUGUAUGAUACGUGAAUAACUAGGCAAACCUAGAGCUGACAUUGGCUGCCUGAGUGUCAUGGUUUAAUUGCAAAUGUUAUAAGUUAUAUUAAAGCCUAUUUUGUGCUGAAAGUAUGAUCUAGAAAAUGAAUGAUAUUCAAUAAGUAUAUUCAGUUCAACGGUUAAUUUCAGUGAUAAAUCAUUUAGUGUGCAACUCUUCUGUGUUCUUUGUGUAAUUACAAAAUCAGUGUCAAAUUUAUGGGGAGUACAUUAUAUUUUAAUAUUUUAUUACCAUAAAACACUUGGUUUUUUAAUCUUUAGAACUUAAAUUGCACAAGGUAAAUUUUAAAUAUUUUCUGUAUAUAAUUAUGUUAUUGUCACACAGAUAUUACACAUUUUAUGUGCCAGAAGCCUUAAAAAUCUUCCUGUGAGAAUGAUAUAUUGUAACAGUUACUUCACAUUUAAUAUGUAGAAAGGAAUAGGAGUUAGUUUAUGUCCAUAUUGGAAAACUUUAAAGACUACUUGGAGGUUCCAGAAAUCUUGGUUUUAAUUAAAGUAAAAUGAAAAAAUAAAGUCAUUAUGUAGUUCAGAUGCAAAUAUUCUAAAUAAUAAUAUAUAUUUACAUUAAAGCUAAAACUGUUAAGCCAAACGGUGCCUAAUGUGUUUGCUUACAAGUGUUCUGGAGUCUAGACCUUGUUAAUAUUCUGUUCCUACUUUAAGAAUUUAAUUGCUCACUUAUUUUAAAAGCUUUGUCAAACAAGCUGAUGUUAUGUUAGUUUUUCCUAAAACUACUGAGAUACCUGUCUCUUUGAAAAAUGUGUUGAUUUUUCCCCCCUGUUUAAUAAAAGCAAGUUAUAUAUGUGG